AUGGGUAAUAUUGUUUCAUACUGGUCAAGAUUCAGAUAUCAGAAAAUGUCCAAGACAGACGACCACAUAACCUGCUAUUAUAACCAUCAUCUCGAACUGAGAGGUACAACACCCUGGAACCAAGCAUAUGCUGUGAAUGAAGAGAGGCUGAAUAUCCCUGUAUCUGAAAGAGAUCUCAGCCUUGUUGCAAGUCACAUUGGGAUAGGGUUUGAGUGUGUCGGCAUCGAACUUGGACUUACUCUCGUGGUUAUCGAACAAGUCACGUUUGCACAUCCAUGUUCACUGUACAUGCAGGUUGUACACAUGCUUACGAAGUGGAAGGAGAAGAAUGGAAGAUCUGCCACCAGCCUGGUCCUCGUCAGAGCAUUGUGGAGAUGCAACGAGAAAUGUACGAUUGAGUGGGAAGACAUUCUGAUCAUUCUUCAGGGACCGUCCACUAAGUCAGGUUAAUAAAGUGCUGCUCUGAACAACCUUCUCAAGUACAGUUAUCACUGA